AUGUGGGGUCUGCAACCCAUUCUAAAGGCGCUUCCGGCGUGGUGGCGUUUUCUUCAGUGCCUUCGACGAUACCGCGAUCUGACUGUUAAGUCGCCGGUCCCGCAUUUGAUGAACGCCGGCAAGUACUCCACCACACUCAUUGCGAUUGUCUGCUCUGUCAUAUCUUCUAUCAAUCAUCAUACGGCGUUUUUCGUGUUGAUGAUUCUUUCAAAGUUGUGCAGCUCAGUAUGCACAACAACGUGGGACCUGGUGAUGGACUGGGGCCUGCUGGACUGCAGUUCAAAGGAGAACAUGUUGCUGCGAGACGAAUUAGUCUAUCGCUUUCGAGCCUAUUACUACGGAGCCAUUCUAGAAGACGUCAUCAUCCGCUUUGCAUGGAUUUUGCCUAUCGUUUUCUCUCAUUUCCGAAUCGUCGAUGUUGAAGUCAUCACCACCAUUGUCAUGUUUGCCGAGGUCACCAGGCGAAUAAUUUGGAACUUUUUUCGUCUUGAAAACGAGCAUCUGAACAAUUGCGGUAAUUUCCGUGCAGUGCGUGAUAUUGGUAUCGCUCCCAUACGCAAGGAGACGUCUCCACCUCCUGUCACUCAGGAGGGUGACAAGGCGUACGGAAUGUUUGGCCAACUCUACACGCUCAAUCGACACAACAAUAACGACGGCAGCAACGAUAACCAACGAGAUAAUAACGCGGUUAAUCAAGGCUUCGAUGCAGGUGGCAGCGCCGGUGGUGGUAUUACCAUGGAAAACGCACCACUGCCAUCUACUCUGGCCGAGUACGCCACGAUGCUGAGACAAAACAACCACAAGAGUCUUUGGAACCAUCUUCGCGAAAACUAUCUGCAGACAAAAAGGGAGAAGCGACGAAGAUUGGACUUUGAUCGUAUCGUCAGCAUGGAGGAAGCUCUGAGAGCGGCAAAAAUGGAUGUCGAGUCGAAGUUGGGAUCGCCCGUACCGCCGCCGCGUGGAGCGACACCAACAAGGGACUCGGCAAAGGUUCACGCACGCCUCUGUGAGAAGGUGCAGCAACUAUCGUCCACCGUUGCUGUCUUAUCAACUUCCACCACCACUCAACAGCCUGGAAAUGACUCCGCAAUACAGCCACCACCGCUAUUGCGAUCACUACCACAGACAGCUUCACAAGGGAAGCGCUCCGGCUUCGUCUCUACGUGCCCGAGCGAGGGUGCACGCAGCCGGUGUAUUGUCGUAGACGGCAGACAACGCAAGGCUCUCACCAAGCCUCAGCAGUCGGUGUCGGGGGUGAAACAACCCGGUGAUCUCUCUGCCUUCCUUCAGGCUUCAGACAUCCCCCAGCCUAGCUCUGGGGCGACCAAGGUUGACUGCAGUCUCGAUCCCGUCAUUACUUCCAAGAUAAUACCCAAUUUGCACAGCGACGAAUCCCCCGGCGAUACUGUUCUGCCUGUUCGAACAUCUCUCUUGGCCAGUCGAUUACAUGAGCUCCUCAGCACAUUUAACAGAGCCCAUUCCACUGCCACAGUUCCUUCAUCUUCAUCAUCGGUGAUGAUGGCAAGUGGUGGAGGCAGUCGGCCAAAGUGUAGGCCACACGACACUGUUGGUGGACAUCAGAUAGGGCGCAUUCAGACGACUAAACAUAGACGUUUGGGUAGGAAGGUGGGAAACGAUGAGGUGGAGAGUGGAGGUGGCUUGGCUGCAGGACGGAGUGGUGAUUUCGGGACUGUAGUCCGACUGAGGAGUGUUAGUGUUGUAGAGCCUUCUGGAGUGGACUCCGACGAAGAGGCAUGGGAUGUCUCGAUCGACCUCAACGCUGAAAGCAGUGAGGAUGUGAGCCGAGCUCAAUUGUAUGUGAACUUAGAGUUCGUUUGUGUUUGUUCAUUUUGA